AUGUAAGAACGGUUUAUGAGGGCUAUUCAAGAGUUGGAUACCCUUUUAAGAGAAACUGAAACCGGCAAGAUUAAACUUAGUCUUACUCUUAAGGAUCUAGCAUAAUUGCAUCACUUACAGUCCAGACUUCAGGAGUGUAAGUUUCUCAAUUCAAUCUAUUCAGAGGAAAGCAGAAUCAAGUAACUAAUUGACAAUUCAUAUUAAGAUAAUACCUAAGCAGAGCAGUGACGGUUAAUCUUUAAAUCUAAGAAGAAUUGUGUUCGAUUAUAGAGACAAAAAUGGAAUCUAUUACAGUAUCUCAUUUAAUAAUAAUCAAGUCUAACUUCAAUCAUUUGGAUAAGUUGAUUCUCUACAUCUUGAAUUAAACUAUGAAUAAAACAACCAUGAAGAAUGUACUAAGACAAAUUAGCAAUAUUAUUUUGGGUAGCAAUAAUUUCACUUUGCUCCGAUUUUAAGAAAAAUCUGUAGAAAGUGUCUCUACUGACGAAUUUAUUGAGGUAAACUAAUCUUCUCAAAAUAGUAAUAAUUAACAGAACAAUAGAAAUUACAGCUUUACUAAUAAUUCCGUGGGGAUCAACUUGAAAUCAUCACUUUCUAACCCACUGGGCAAUUACAAUAGAUAUUCAAAUGCAGUUCUUUACAGGUUAUCAGAGUGCCAUAAAAAUUGAAUGCUUAAACCCAUUCUUCACUCAUCAUAUACGAAGCUUAACAAUAGGCCAAAUUGCCAUAAUCCAAACCUCAUCAAAUUAAACUCAUAUGCGAUCAACUUAUUACUAUAGGUUAUGACUACUUAAAUGAGAAUUACCAGUAAUCAUUUCUGCUCACUAUAAUUUAGUAAAGAUGACUUAAUCAAUUCAGUCAGAGCCAUUGGCUAAUUUUUAAUUAAAAAUGCUCCAAUCUUAUUUUAGGAAUGCAUUAGAAAUGAAAUCGAAAGAAUACUCAACACCAAAUGGUAACACUUUAAUAUUAUUUAAAGUGAAAUUAUUUAAUCAACCAAACACUCAAAAGACACUAGUUUCGCAAUUUUAGAAAACCAAACCAAGUGUUUUAUUCCAGUUAUGUCCAAUCAUGUCGUUUAAUUCUAUUUGCAUAUGGAGAAUGUCUCCUUGGAUAUAAUCACUUUUGCAGAUUUUGUAUUUAUCCAUCUCAUCUAAAUUAGAUGUCAUAACUGUGGUAACAUUUUAAGCAUUCCUUAAGAGAAUUAAAGGAUAAAGAAUUUCUCUAUUAAAUCAUUGAAGUAAGUACACCAACCAAAUUAGUAAUUGCUUCUGAUCUACAUCUAAAUAUUAUUUAUUAGAGUGGUUCUGUUCCAUCUUCAUGGAAUUUCUUGGAUCUUAGCAAUUAAUUAAUUGAUUGUUACCAAAAUCUAACGGAAAUCAAAAUGGAAGAAAUCUACAAAACGAUGUUACUUUCAUCCUUAGAAGAAGUUUAAAAGAGUAAAAAAGGUGCAAUCGAUGCUGGUUAAAUCAUUUAUCAUGAUAAAUAUGUUGAUAUAGCAAUCUACGUAAAAAAAGACGAGAAAAAUGAAAUUAAUUAGUUCUUUAUUGUUUUUGAUCAACCUAAAAAAAGAUUCGAAUCACAACGACAAUCUAAAAGUGAAAUAAAAGUUUCAGAAACUCUUGCAAGCUUGAAAUAGGAGAAAAUCGAGAAAGCAUGCUUGGUUUUACAAGAGUCAUUAAAUCUGAAUCUAUAAACUGAUGAGAUUAUUGAUAUGCUCAAAGAACAUGCAUUGAUGACAAUUAUUGAACAAAAAGAAUAAAUUACUGAAGACAUCAGAUAAACUUACGUUUUAGAAUAUUACAGAAACUCUGAAUAAGUGUAAACCUAUCGUAGAACAAUAAGCGAACCAGAUACUCCAUUCGCAACUAAAACUUUGAUUCAAGAACAAUAAUUGACUAAUGCGAAAAGUAUUAAAGUAUCUAAAUAAACAUAGAAAUGGAAUUAUUUUAAUUAAGACCUGAUGAUUUAGAAAAUUUGGGCAAUUGGUGUUUUGAUAUCACAGUUUAGAAAGAUUAAAUAAAACAUUAUACUUGGGCAUUGUUUCAUUUAUUAAACUACUUUGAUAAAUACCAGAUGUAUAAGGAAACAUUUUUUCAAUUUUUAGUUGCAAUAGAAGAGAGAUACAACAGUCGUCGCAACCCUUUUCAUAAUUUUGAGCAUGGGUUUACUGUGGCUCAUGCAUGCUAUUAUAUGAUCAAGAAUAAACUAUUAGAUGAAUAUUUAGAUUAAACUGAAUAGUUUGCAGCUAUUUUAUCUUCAUUAUGCCAUGACAUCGAUCAUACAGGUAGAACAAAUGGAUUCGAAGUUGCAAGAAUGUCUAAAUUGGCAGUUCGGUACAAUGAUGAAAGUGUGUUGGAGAAUCACCAUGCAGCAAUGACCUUUAAGAUUAUGCAGAGAGAGAAAUAUAAUAUUCUAUCCAAUCUCUCUCAAGAGCAAUUCCAAAAAGUGAGGAGAUUUAUGGUUUCCAAUAUCUUAGCAACAGAUAUGAAAAAACACUUCGAUUUAGUGUCAUCAUUUGAAAUUAAGUAUAAAAAUGGAGAAAUGAAUAUCGUCAAUAUGGAAACUAAAAGAGUGUUAUCAGGUUUAAUUGUUCACACUUGUGAUUUGACUUAGCCAACAAAGAGAUUUGAAAUUACUAAGAAAUGGUCUAUACGAAUAUAGAAUGAGUUCGAUAAUCAAGUGGAAGAAGAGAGAUUAUUAGGAUUGCCAGUUACUUAACAUUUAGUAUGCUAAAAUUUACCAAAAUAAGAAUUGUCAUUUAUCAGAGUAUUUGAUUAAUUAUAACUUAGAAUAUCAUCUAACCACUUUAUGUAUUAACAUCCUCAAUUUUAAAUAACGGAUUGUCAGUUGCCUUGAAAUGUUUAGAGGAGAAUGAAAAAGAAUGGACAAAACUACUGAAUUGAAAACAGAAUAUUGAAUUAAUUGAUUUAAUAAUAAUUAUGUUUUAUAGUUAUG